UGCUGGGGAGCGGGUCUGUGGCCCUCGAUGCCGGACUGGGAGGAGGAUGAUAGAGAACGGCAGGUUGGCCUAGAGGUCAGUACGGGUGUCGCCAGGUGAGACAGGUGUCCCCAGGUACAGCGACCAGAGACAUUCUGGGUGAGGGGAGGCCUGCGUGGGCAACGCUCCAGCAAAAGUAGAUCCCCGGCGGUCCUGUCUGGCCCAUCUGGUUCCUGUUACCUCAAGGCGCUCUCUGCUCAGCGCGUCACUGGGAGCGGUGACAUGAUGGGGACCUCCUCCUUGGCGUCCAGCUCCCCUAGUUGGGCCCGACUAGGCCCCUUCUUGAACCCUUCUGCUUAGGUCCGGAGAGGUAGAAAGGUAUGCUCUGUCCCUGGAGAUGCUGGAUGGAGGCACCGCCGGGUGUCUUGGGGACUUUCCUGGGGUGAACGCCCCACUUAAGAAAGAAAAAUGGAGUCCUUAGGGAAGUUUUGCUCAAUGAGAUGUCAAUCAGUGGUGGGUGCAGUGGUGUGCUCGUGGCCUCGUCUGGGUGUGCACGCAUGAGUUUCCGUGCACUCGGUGGGUGGGUGGGUGGUAUGCUGUGUUGGCAAACGUGGAUGUGCCUCCGGGAAUCCAUUUGCAUAUUGGUGUUCGUUUGUCUGUGUGUCUGCUCUGUCCAUCUCCAUUUGUAUUUGAUGACUGCGUCUGCGUUGGCUGGUGUCUGUCUUGCUUGUGUCGGGAAGCACGGUGAGCGUGUGUCCGUGUAUCUGUGGAUGUUCGCACCCAGGCGCUGUGGAUGUGGAUCUGUGAGUGUGCCCUGUGCUUUCUGGACAUAUGUCCUCUCUGGACAUGCUGUCUUGUGGCCCCGUUUGCACCUGCUCCUGUCCGGGUGCGCGUUCCUGGACUGGGGGGGUGAGCGGUACUCUCUGCUAAGCUGGAUUCUGCAGGGGGUCGAUCCUGACAUUUGCCGAAGGAGAUUCGCCUCAGCUACACGUCCGUUUCUCUCUGAGCGGAUUUUGUCCCCGCGUGUGUCUCUGCCCAGGUGUAUAUAUUUGUUCCCACAUCCCCAAGGGCACAUCUGAAGCUGGGGUGGAAGGUUCUCCUCCCCAAGGUGGUAGGGGAAGGGAGGAAGCCUAGAAGCCAAGACGCUUCUAGAGGAGAAAGGCCCUAGGCCAGCCUCCAAUAAGGUGUGUGGCAGGUGACUGAGGUCAGCCUGCCCCCUGCCUUCCUUCCAUGGCUCUGCGGCUUCAGCCAGGGUCUGUAACACUUGCUGUCAGUUUGGCUCAGUCAGAAAGACGUGACCGCCAUGCCUGUGCUCAGCCUCACCAGCUGGUCCCCUGCCCCUGCCGUCCUCUCACUGUGCGACCCUGGGCCGGUCAUAUCCCCUUGCUUGGCCUCUCUAGCUUCUGCAGAAUGGGUUUAAUCAUCUCAGGCCUGCUGGCCGGCCGGCCUUGAGGAGUGUCCAUGUCAGGGAGUUGAGGGGAAAAUCACAGCAAAUGGUAAACAAGAAGAUUCUACACUAGGCAGGGUGUCGUGUGACCCCGCGGGGACAUUGUGUGCUGUCACCCUCCUGGCCACUGCCCAGCCCCAGACUACUCCCUGGGGCCAGCCCCAUCACCCCUUCAGCUCCUGCACCUCCCAGGGGCCCUGUGCGCCUGGGGUGGAGGCCGCCACUGAAUGUCCCAUAGAGAGCACGGCCUCCGGCUCAGGAGCCAGAAAGACCUGGCCUGACGUUCUGCAGAGAUGCUUUCUGCCUGUGCGAACUCUGCAAGCUGUCUUCCUCUCUGAGCUCCUGCUUCCGCAUCUGUCAAAUGGGAGUACCUGAGAACACCUGCCUCCCGGAGCUAACCGGAGUGUUAAGUCAGAAGAGGCCCCUGGUGCUCAGCGCUGGUCCUCGCCCCACAUGGGUCGUCCCGAGAACACCGAGCACCCACACAUCCCCGUCAGAAGGUGCCAACCUCAACGCACCCAACAGCCUGGGUGUCAGCGCCCUGUGCGCCAUCUGUGGGGACCGGGCCACAGGGAAACACUACGGUGCCUCGAGCUGUGACGGUUGCAAGGGCUUCUUCCGGAGGAGCGUGAGAAAGAACCACAUGUACUCCUGCAGAUUCAGUCGGCAGUGUGUGGUGGACAAAGACAAGAGGAACCAGUGCCGCUACUGCAGGCUGAAGAAGUGCUUCCGUGCCGGCAUGAAGAAGGAAGCUGUGCAGAAUGAGCGGGACCGGAUCAGCACUCGUCGGUCGAGCUAUGAGGACAGCAGCCUGCCCUCCAUCAAUGCGUUGCUGCAGGCCGAGGUCCUGUCCCAGCAGAUCACCUCCCCCGUCUCUGGGAUCAACGGAGACAUUCGAGCGAAAAAGAUUGCCAGCAUCGGGGACGUGUGCGAGUCCAUGAAGGAGCAGCUGCUGGUGCUCGUGGAGUGGGCCAAGUACAUUCCUGCUUUCUGCGAGCUCCCUCUGGAUGACCAGGUGGCCCUGCUCAGAGCCCAUGCCGGUGAACACCUGCUGCUCGGAGCCACCAAGCGAUCCAUGGUGUUCAAGGACGUUCUGCUUCUAGGCAAUGACUACAUCGUCCCUCGGCACUGCCCGGAGCUGGCAGAGAUGAGUCGGGUGUCCAUGCGCAUCCUCGAUGAGCUGGUGUUGCCCUUUCAGGAGCUACAGAUUGACGAUAACGAGUAUGCCUGCCUCAAAGCCAUCAUCUUCUUUGACCCAGAUGCCAAGGGGCUGAGCGACCCGGGCAAGAUCAAGCGGCUGCGCUCCCAGGUGCAGGUGAGCCUGGAGGACUACAUCAACGACCGCCAGUACGACUCCCGCGGCCGCUUCGGCGAGCUGCUGCUUCUGCUGCCCAGCCUGCAGAGCAUCACGUGGCAGAUGAUCGAGCAGAUCCAGUUCAUCAAGCUCUUCGGCAUGGCCAAGAUCGACAACCUGCUGCAGGAGAUGUUGCUGGGAGGUCCGUGCCAGGCCCAGGAGGGGCUGAGAGGGUCCUCCAGUGACACGCCUCAUGCCCAUCAUCCCCUGCAUCCACAUCUGAUGCAGGAACACAUGGGCACGAACGUCAUCGUUGCCAACACGAUGCCAUCUCACCUCAGCAAUGGACAGAUGUGUGAGUGGCCCCGACCCAGGGGGCAGGCAGCCACCCCUGAGACUCCACAGCCCUCACCGCCAGGUGGCUCGGGGUCUGAGCCCUACAAGCUCCUGCCAGGAGCGAUCGCCACGAUUGUCAAGCCCCCCUCUGCCAUCCCCCAGCCGACCAUCACCAAGCAGGAAGUCAUCUAGCAAGCCGCUGGGGGUCGGGGGCUCUGCUGGCCCCCCAGCCCCCGCAGAGAGCCCCGGUGGUCACUUGUUCAUAGUGAAGAAAGCCGUGACAACAAGGCCAGUCUCAGGGCAGCAGUGGAAAGGGCAAGGGGACCAAGAACUUAAGCUGUGGGCCACAUCCCAUUGCUACCCUCCAUCCCCUGCUCUGGAUGACGGGGCUUUGACAUGGGGAGACCCCAGCUGGAAAAUCCGCUGCUGCCUUGGACAGCUCAUCUCUUGCUGAAGCCACUGCCUUCCCCUUCAUCAUCCUACCCCCCACUUCUUCAGCCCGAAAGGACAGCUGUCUGGAGACGAUAUGAGACCUUGCUUAAACACAGUUCCCUCCCCCCUCAGACUGGUACUUCUUUCUCCAAGUACUGUCCUAGCCCCCAGACACAGAGCCCUUCAAGGCUGGGGCAGAUCGGGGCAUCUGACCCCUCCCUGUUCUGCUGCCUUCACCUCCAGUGCUCCUCUCCACGUGCCACUGUCACCUUCCUCAGCUGUCCUAAUUUCACCACAGACACCUCUCCAGAGGCUGAAGAAGACUUGCAGACAAUCCCCCAGUCAUUUCAGGAGCAUUUUUAAAGCACCAGCUGGGCUAGGCACAGUGUGGAAGACUGUUGAAAAGGAAGACACCAUUCCGCCUCUAACCCAUGGCUCUUCCCUUAGGGAAUCGGGCCAGUACUCGGGGUGAUGCUCCCCACAGGCUGUCAAGAAUGAGAGGACAGUCCAAGGAGGACAACAGGAACUUGGAGAGGCCGAGGUGGUCAGAGGAAGCACUGGGAAAGGGGUAGACUCUGCACUGGGCCUUUAAGGAAGGGCUGGAUUCCAGCCGGUGGAGCAGAUGAAAAAAGACUUUCCAAGGAGGGGCAGACAGUCUGGGCAAGGCCCCAGGUUGGAAAAGGACGUAGCAAGGAGGCAAUGGAAAGACCAGGCUGUCUGGAGCAGCAUAGGGGUCUUGAAUGCCAGGACUGAGGGGCUGAGGUUUGGGCCCUGAGGCUGAGAGCAGCUGGGGAGAAUGUACGGUGGGUCGGGAGGGAGCAGGGAGGUCAGAAGGGGAUGAUGGCGUGAUCCAGAUGGUGUGAUCCAGGUGAGAGCAAGGAGACCUGGAGACGAAGAUGGAUGGGUGCACGCUCAGCUCAGAAAGAUGUCAGGGAGGAAUUACCCCCCUCCAGGGCCUGUCUCAAAUUCUGCUUCGUUUCUGGUGCUGUGUUAAGGCAUUCGACAUGCAUCAUCUUGCAUCCUCUCUAUUACCCAGAGACUGUUGCAGAAGACGAAAUUAAGAUCUAAGUGGUUAAGUGAUUUUCCUGAAACUCACACAGCUAGUAAGUAGCUGAGUCAGGAUUGGAUCCCAGGUCUGCCUGGAUCAGAACAAGAGUUCUUAACCAAGGUGGUGGAGCAUCUCUGAAAGGGGUCCUCGUCCUCACUGUGAUCCAGUUGAGGGCCUUCCUGACCCUGUCAUUAGCCUCAGAAGCUGAAGUCUUACUCUUCCUGGGGGCCCUGCCCACACCCAGGAAGAAGAUUGGCUUGAGGUUACACUAGUGUCCAGGCAGGGUCCAGCAUCCUGUCUGCUGAAGACCAGGAGAACUCAUAACUCUUGGACCCCUUUCCUCUCUUCACUCCCCAAGUCUUGGGGAGGGGCGUCAGGGGUCUGUUUCUUAGGAGAUGGACCUAUGUGGCUUGGCGGUCCAGGAGUGGGAUAGUUUGGGUGGGCCAAGGGAGAGCUGAGAAGGCCUGGGUUUGAGCACUGCUUUGGAAACAUUAAGCCCCAAAAUGAAACAGCCAGCACAUCAUCCAUGGGAAUUUUGGUGGCUUUGGGAAAAUUCUGGAGAAGGCCACUAGCUAGUGGGAACAAAAGCGAUGUGUUCUGGGGGUAGAGCUGUGCUUAGGUAGAAAAGUGAACAGUUAGUUAGACUUGCCACCUAUCCCCACCCCAUGCUGACCCUCCUGAGUGGAUGGGGACAGGACCACAGUGCCCCCAAAUUCCACCAUUAGUGAUUGCUUUUUGUGGCAGAGGCAUGAGGGAUUUGAGGGCAGUAUGUCCACUCUGUAUCUCCAGUGGUCCCAGGCGUGGCCUGCCCAUGCCACCAAGCCAAGUCCCAGUCCUAGGAGAGACUAUCCCCUGCUCAGAGCUCUCAGGCCAUCCCUAACUCCGAGUCCCCAGAAAUCCCAGUCAGGGAAACCAGACUCGUUUGGGGUAAGGUGGGGAAGCUGGAAUCUUUCUGCCAUUUUGGUCAUUCCCACCCUUUGCCCCUCUAGCCCCCAGUGUCACUCAGGCCUCGGUCAUGGGAGCGGAAGUAGAGGUAAGAAUUUUCCACAGGAUGGAGUAGGGUAGCAGUGGCUUUUAACAGUGGCAGUCUUCUGGGUCAGGGGCUCAGUCCUCAGCCCCAAAUUAACCCUUCCAGGAGGAGACGUCCACUCUAUGUCAAUAAUUUUAUUGUAAUGCAGGAAACCCGAAACGAAGAGCAGUUUACUUUUCUGAUUCUGAGGACAUGGCAUUGGAAAGUCUGUCUCUCUCGCCACCUGAGUUCUGCUCCUAAAAUAUAAAAUCUGGAGAACUGAACGAGGGUUGGGAGGGCAAGCAGUUCCUCCAGUGCCUCCCCUGAGACAGCCUUUUCUCUGAGCAGCUCUCAGGAGCUUCCAGAAUCCACAUGACUCCCUGCAGCAUGGCUAGAGGAGAGGGUCAGAGAUGGAUGCUCCUGGAUUUUUUGUGAUGACCAAGCCAAUUACUUAUGCCAAAUUGUUCUGUGAUUUUCCCUGAUUGGGAUGAAUUGUGAAAUUCACACCAAGUGAUUCUGGAAGCGGGCUGCUUCCCGUGGGUGUGAAUACCACCAGCUCCCGUGCUGACCCCUGAGCCCGUCACUGCCGCCCGAUGGGGCAAAGAAGCAAAAACAACCCCAUUUCUUACUCUUGUGUGUUUUAACAAAAGUUUAUAAAGCAAAAUAAAUGGCACAUAUGUUUUCUAA